AUGAGAAGCUAUCAUAUGCUUUACUCGGUUCGCACCAUAAUCAGAACAUCAAUUGGGGCAACCCCUUAUAUGUUGGUUUAUGGUUCGGAAGCAGUAAUACUUGUCGAGGUGGAAAUACCAUCUUUAAGGAUUAUCCAAGAGGUUGGUCUGGACGAUGCAAAAUGGAUACGUAGCAGGCAUGAACAUUUGAUGCUCAUCGAUGAAAACAAAAUGGAUGCAGUUUGUCACGGUCAACUCUAUCAGAACAGGAUGACCAAAGCAUUCAACAAAAAAGUCAAACCUCGACAAUUCACACCGAGGCAGUUAGUAUUGAAGAAGAUCUUUCCUCACCAAGGAGAAGCCAAAGGGAAAUUUGCACUGAAUUGGCAAGGACCUUACAUGGUUCAUAGAGUACUCUCUAGAGGAGCAAUAAUAUUAUCGAAAAUGAACGGCAAAGUGAGCACAAAGCCAAUUAAUUCAGAUGCCAUCAAGAAAUACUACAUCUGA